CGCGAUACUUCCGUAUACGGUUGAUUUUAUGCAAAAAUCCGGUUUAACGCGUAUAUUGACUCCUAUAUUUGUCCUCCCUGAUGCCUCAUCAAGCGAUUUCUGAAGCCCAAAAGAAGGCUCUCCGUACCUGGUUCAGACAGCAAUAUCCAAAGCCUCGUCAACGUGAUUGCAUUCCAUGGUUUCAACGUCAAUUCAAUCAACAAAUACGGCCAUCAACUAUCUCUGAUAUCCUAUCCGACCGAUAUAUAUACCUUGAUGAUGAUAGAUCAGUGCCUUCAGAUACAUAUCGCCAGCGUCAUUCCAAUUGGCCAAUACUUGAAGAUAUUCUUUUUCAUUGGCAACAAGGGAUUGAGGGUAGAAAUGGCCUUGUUACUGGUGAUAUACUUCUUGAAAAGGCUCGUCAAAUAUGGCCACAGAUCCCGGAUUAUCAGGAUUUUCCGACCCCAGAAUUCAGUGUGGGAUGGCUCAAUAAUUUUAAGCGGCGGUACAAUAUUCAAAUGCGAAAACAGCAUGGAGAGGCUUCAUCAGUCAGUCAAUCAGCUGCUGAAGAAAUGAAGGCUAUUCAAACAAUUGCAGGAGAAUAUGAUGAGGAGAACAUUUUUAAUAUGGAUGAGACUGGGCUUUUUUGGCGUCAAGCUCCAACUUCUGGACUAGGAACUCAAUCCAGGCCUGGUCAAAAGAGAGAAAAGGCUCAGAUUACUCUUACUGUCUGUGUCAAUUCAACUGGCUCAGAGCGUCUUCCUAUAUGGAUCAUUGGAACUGCAAAGAUGCCGCGUUCUCUUUAUGGUAUAAAUAUUCAAGCUCUUGGUGGUGUCUGGCGCUCAAAUAAAAAGGCAUGGAUGACAACUUUUAUUAUGAGUGAAUGGCUUCAUUCAUUUUAUUCUUAUAUUGGAUUAUCACGCCAAGUUCUUCUUCUUCUUGACAACUUCUCUGCACAUAUCCAAGGUGUCAAUAUUACACCACCACCAGCCAAUAUCAAGAUCCAGUGGCUCCCAGCAAAUUCAACCAGUGUCUAUCAACCACUUGAUCAAGGCAUUAUCGUGAAUCUAAAAACCUAUUACUGGAAGACGUGGCUUCACUUUAUCAUUGAGAGUUAUGAGCAUCAACAAGAUCCUAUCAUGUCAAUCACAUUAUAUGAUGCUGCCCGCUGGACUCUACGUGCUUGGAGAUAUAAUGUCAGCAACACCACAAUCUACAGUUGUUUCCGCAAAAGUCAGGUUAUUCAGCCUCAAAUCAGUCUUCCAGCAGAGCCUGUACCAGACCUGACAAGCCUUUACCAAGAAACCCAGCAAGCCGGCCAUAUUCAAGACAUGAUGAGUCUCUCCAACUUCAUAAAUCCCCCAGGAGAGGACACCGAACCAGCUGAGGAAUCAGAAUCUCUAGAGAGUAUUAUCUCUCAACAUGUCCAUCCACAGAUAGAUGAUGAUUCUGAUGAUGAUGGCCCUGCUGCGCCACCACCACCCUCUUUAAAAGCAGCAAUUGAUGGCCUUCGUACAGUUCUACAGUAUCAAGAACACUCUCAGGAGACCUCCCUUGAGGAGAUCAAGCAUCUUGAGCAGCUGGAGAAGCGGUUAUUAUAUAAAGCAGAGUCAUCAAAGCAACAGCGAAUACUAGAUCAGUGGUUUAGAUAAUAUAACUUGAUAAUACGGAUU